UUUUCCCUAUUCCAUACCGGCUUCUCCGUUGAACUACCAAAAAUUCAGUUCAUAUCUUUUACAGUAUCGACAAGCCAAGGUGCACGCCUCGUCCUCCUCCGUUCUCCACGAUCAGCAUUACUCGUCCUCGAUGGUUGAUUUACUCCGUAGUGGAAGCAGUAGGGUUGCUGUGAUUUGUGUUCGGACUGCAAUUCCUGUGGUUUGAAGGUGUCGAGAAUGUCACAUAAGCGGCAGAAGGGUGAUGAUUCUAAACCCCAGCAGGAUUGUGGAACUUCCGAUGACAAGCGCCGUCGGAAAAUCCCCUCUCUCAAAAGUGCGAUAUUGCAGGUUAUUAAUUUGCGUAAAGUGCAUAAUUAUAUCGAGCCAGUUCUGGAGCCUUUGAUUCGUAAAGUUGUACGAGAGGAAGUUGACUUGGCAUUGAGAAAGUACAUGACCAACUUGAGGUGGAAUUGUGAGAAAGAUGUACACCUUUAUGAAGUAAGAAGCCUAAAAUUAAUGUUCUUGAAUUCUAUCUCUCCUCCUGUAUUCACUGGGGCUCGCAUAGAAGGAGAAAAUUGCUCAAGUUUGAAAGUUGCGUUGGUUGAUGCUCUUACUGGGCAAACUGUGACAAGUGGUCCUGAAUCUUCAGCAAAGGUGGAAAUUGUAGCUCUUGAGGGUGAUUUUGAUGGCGGUGAAAGGGACAAAUGGACUUUGGAAGAAUUUACUAACAACAUUGUCAGAGAGAGGGAAGGAAAGAAAGCUCUUCUUAGUGGAGAUGCUUUUUUGAAUCUCAAGCAAGGCAUUGGUUUGGUUGGUGAUAUUUCCUUUAGUGAUAAUUCUAGCUGGACUAGAAGUCGUAAGUUUAGAUUGGGGGUGAGACUUGUGGAUAACUUGGAUGGAAUUAAAGUGAAAGAGGCAAUAUCUGAGUCCUUCAUUGUUCGGGAUCACCGCGGAGAAUUGUACAAGAAGCACUAUCCGCCAUGUCUCCUGGAUGAAGUAUGGAGGCUUGAAAAAAUUAGUAAAGAAGGGGCAUUUCAUCGGCGCUUGAAGAAGGAAAGAGUCAUCACAGUGAAAGAUUUUUUAACCUUAUUUUAUCUUGAGCCUACAAGGCUACGGAAGAUCCUUGGCGCAGGCAUGUCUGCUAAGAUGUGGGAAAUCACUGUGGAGCAUGCCAGGACAUGUGAUGUCGACAAGCAAUUGUAUUCAUACCACCCUUCUGGAUCUGACCAAAAACAUGGUGUCAUUUUUAAUAUCGUGGCACAAGUGAUGGGGCUUCUUGUUGACUGUCAAAACUAUGUUCCCGCAGACAAACUAUCUGAGACUGAAAAGGUUGAAGCUCAUAAGUUAACUAUUUCUGCUUUCGGAAACUGGGAAGAUGUGAACCGUUUCAAUGAUGAGUCUGCAGAGUGUUCAAAUGUCCCCACAAUUCAAUGCUCUACAAACUUAUCCACAACUGUUAACUCUGCUUACAGCGAUAUAUUGACUUCACAAAAGUUUACCAGAUUUGAUGCUCAGCAUUUUAGUGCUGCAAUGCCCGAUGCCAUGUCAUCCAUGUAUUCCCCAAGUGGUUUGAGUAGCUUGGAUGAUUUUGGUUUUCAGUGUCUUGAAAAUGCGGGUAUUGAUUUCGACCUACCACUGAGUUCCCCUGUCCAAGAUAUCAAUUCCUUCAUCCGGGAUGCAGAUUCUGUGAUUGGGGAUAGGUCUCUUCCGUACUUCGACCAUGAUUACAUUCAAACUCCCAUCUUCGAUCCACCAGAAGCUGAUCUACAUAGUGUUUGCAAUAAGUUCCCGGCCCAGAGGAGAUGGAAAAUAUUGUGCAGUGUAUUCAGAGUGUUCUCGGUUAGGAGAAUUGUUGCGAAUAAGGGGAAAGAAAUAUGUUCAUAGAAUGAAAGUAGGUAUGGAAUCAGUAGUUGCUGCCAAUCAUGAUACAAAUCGGUGGAGUGAGAGUAGUAGGAGGUUGGUUCUACAGUUGUUGUAUAUAAAAAUGGUAGACAAUCAGAUUCUUUUAGGGAAAACUGUUUUUGGUUUUCCGAUUACUAGCAAUUAGUGGAUAUAGGAUCCUGUAAAUGCCAUGGAUUCCUCUAUCAUCAUGCUUCGCUUCUUGCCAACCGAUUAUGUUCAUAAAUUACAGUUUGCAAUUAGAGAUUUUUUUGAGGUUGUGAUAAUCUCUCUUUUUAUAGAGAAAAUGAUAUUUUUAGUCCUUGAAUUGAGGCAUAA